AUGACUCAUAAAUCAUUUUUUGCUGAAAAUACAGGUAUUAAACAAACAUUUCCUUGCAAUAAUUGGUUAGCUUAUGAUCAAGGUGAUAAACGUAUUGAACGUCGAUUAAAAGAAGAUAUAUCAUUACGUAAAAUUUAUCCACCAACUACUCCAUGGCAUAUAUGGGUAUAUACAAGUGAUAAGAAAGGAGCAAGUACAAAUGCUCAAGCAAUUCUUGCUCUUUAUGGUAGUAAUGGAAAAUCAAGAGAUAUUAAAUUAGAAAGAAAUUCAGAUACAUUUCAACAAGGUCAUUGUGAUCAAUUUGAAGCAGAUAUAUAUGAUAUUGGUGUACCAUCGAAAUUACGUGUUAGUCUUCAUAAGGAAAGUUUAUCUGCAUCAUGGCAUCUUGAUCGAAUUGAAAUGAAAAAUCUUAAAACACAUCAACAAUAUACAUUUCAUUGUGGAAGAUGGUUAUCAAAAACAGAAGAUGAUAAACAAAUUAUUCGAGAAUUACCAGCUGAAGGACCCGGAAUAUCAAGAUCUUUACCUGUUGUUCAAUAUAUAGUUGAUGUAUAUACAGGAAAUCAAACUGGUGCUGGUACAGAUGCAAAUGUUUUUAUUAAUAUUUAUGGUGAUUAUGGUGAUACAGGAGUUCGUUUAUUAGAAUAUUCAUUACAAAAUAAAGAUAAAUUUGAAAAAAACCAAGUCGAUAGUUUUAUUAUUGAAGCUGUUUUCUUAAAACAAAUACGAAAAAUUCAAAUCGGUCAUGAUGGUACUGGAAAACAUUCUGGAUGGUUUUUAAAUAAAGUUGUUAUUCGUCAAGAUGAUCAACAUUUUGAACCAGUAACAUUUAUUUGUAAUAGAUGGCUUGCUGUUGAUCAAGAUGAUGGACAAAUUGUUCGUGAAUUAACAUCAACACAAAAUUUAAAUAAAACAACAUAUAAUAUUAAAAUAAAAACUGGUGAUAUUUUUCAAGCUGGUACUGAUGCUGAUGUACAUUUGAAAAUAUUUGGUGAAAAAGGUAAUACAGAUAAAAUUCAACUUAGAACAAUAAACAAUACAAAAGCUCUAUUUGAACGUGGAUCUAUCGAUAAUUUUACAUGUGAAUUUUAUGAUCUUGGCAAAAUUGAACAUAUACUUAUUGGACAUAAUGGAAAAAAAUCUGGUGCAGGAUGGUUUCUUGAUUGGAUUGAAAUUGAUAUACCAAUACAUCAAGAACUGUAUAGAUUUAAUUGUCAUCGUUGGUUAGAUAAAAAAGAAGGUGAUGGAAAAAUUGAACUUGAUUUAACACCAUCGGACAUAAUUAAAAAAUCAAAUCUUAUACCAUAUGAAAUAACAGUUUUUACUGGUGAUAAAGCUGGUGCUGGUACAGAUGCAAAAGUCUUUAUUCAAAUAUAUGGUCUAUAUGGUAGAACAGAAGAAAUUCCUCUAAAAAGUAAAUCUGAUUCAUUUGAAAGAAAAUCGAUUGAUAAAUUUAAAAUCGAAGCUCCUGAUAUUGGACCAAUUGAAAAAAUUCGAAUUGGUCAUCAUUCAGAAAAUUCCCGUGCAGCAUGGUAUCUUGAAAAAGUUCUCAUUCAACGAUAUUUAAAUACAAAAUCUGAUCGAUCAAAAUAUUUAAAUCAAAUUAAUACAUCAGAUUCAAAUAUUGAAGAAUAUUGGUUUAUUUGUCGACAAUGGUUUGAUAAAGAUCAAGGUGAUAAACAAACUAUUCGAGAAUUAUUACCUACAUAUGAUAAUAGUGAUAUAUCAAGUAAUCGAAAAGAAUUAAUUUAUCUUGUACAUGUUUUUACCGGUGAUAAAAGUGGUGCUGGUACUGAUUCAAAAGUUUUUCUAACAAUCUAUGGUGAACGUCAAUUAAUAAAAUCAAAAACAAAUAAGAAUCCAUUUGAACGAAAACAAGAAGAUAUUUUCGAAAUCAAAGCUCCAUCAUUGGGAAAAUUAACUAAAAUUAAAAUUCGACAUGAUAAUAAAGGGCUUAAUUCUGCAUGGUAUCUUGAUCGAAUUGAAAUUAUUGAUCCUGAAACUGGUCUUCGAUAUCAUUUUAUAUGUCAAAAAUGGUUAGCUAUUGAUGAAGAUGAUAAAAUGAUAUCACGUGAAAUUUAUGCAUCUGAAAAUACAACACAGUAUUUAUCACCUAUACAACAAACUACAACUUAUCGAAUUAAUGUAAUUACUGCAGAUAAAUUUGAUAGUGGUACAGAUGCUCAUGUUUAUAUUAUUAUAUUUGGAGAAUAUAAUGAUACAGGCAAAAUUCCAUUAGUUAAAUCAAUUACAAAUAAAGAUCCAUUUGAAAAAGGUCAUAAAGAUCUAUUUGAAAUUGAAACUAUAGAUAUUGGUCAACCAAAAAAGAUAAAAAUCGGUCAUGAUAAUUCAGGUUUUGCAUCAGAUUGGUUAUUAGAACGUGUAGAAAUUAAUAUACCUAAAUUAGGUCAUACAUGGAUAUUUCCAUGUGAUAAAUGGAUAAGUAAAACAAAAAAAGAUGCUCAAUUAGAAAUUGAAUUAUAUCCGAUUGAAAUGUCAACUGGAAUUAAAAUAUCAUAUAUUCCAUAUGAAAUAAAAGUUUAUACAUCAAAAAUUUCUGGUGCUGGAACAGAUGCUAAUGUUUAUAUACAAAUUUAUGGUCUUAAAAAAUCAACUGAUCAAAUUAUGUUAUGUAAUAUAACAGAACGACAAGGAAAAUUUCAAAUGGGUUCUAUUGAUACAUUUCUACAUGAACUUGAAGAUGUUGGAGAUUAUAUUGAAAAAAUUCGUAUUGGACAUGAUAAUCGUGGUUUAGGUGCAUCAUGGCAUUUAGAUCGUGUUGAAAUACGUCGAUUAAUUAAAAAUCAAAAAACAAAAACAUAUAUAUUUCGAUGUAAUCGUUGGUUUGCUAAAGAUAAAGAUGAUGGAUUUAUUGUACGUGAUCUUAUUCCAGAAAAUUUAAUUGAUGAAAAAUGUACAAAAAAAUAUAUAGUAGAUGUUUAUACAGGUGAUAAAGCUGGUUCUGGUACAGAUACAAAUGUUUUUCUAACAAUGUAUGGAGAUAAAGAUGAUACAAAUGAACAAGAAUUAAAAUAUUCUCAAACAAAUAAAAAUAAAUUUGAAAGAAAACAAAUCGAUAGAUUUAUAAUUGAAAGUCAUGAUUUAGGAAAUAUUUAUAAAAUUAAAGUUCGACAAGAUAAAAGUGGUGUAUUAGAUAGUUGGUUUUUAGAAAAAAUUGAAAUUAAAAAUGAACAACAAACAUUUGUAUUUAAUUGUGAUCAAUGGUUAAUAAAAGAUAAAGGUUAUUCAACACUUGAACGAAUACUUUAUGAAAAAAAUUAUCAAAGUUCAAUAAGUGGUACAGGGUUAGUACCUCAUUCAACUGAAAGACAUAUUCCUUAUAAUAUUAAAAUAAAAACUGGCGAAGCGCCUGAUGCUGGUACAUCAGCAAAUGUAUCUAUUCGUUUAAUUGGUUCUCAAGGUCGUCAAACACCUAUGAUGGAUUUAGAAGUAAUGCAUCGACGACGUUUUGAACCAGGAACUAUUGAAACAUUUUCAUUACAAGAACUUGAUAUUGGUGAUAUAGAAAUGAUUGAAAUUGAACAUAAUGGUAAUACAUUAGCUGAUAGUUGGUUUCUUGAUAAUGUCAUUGUUGAAAUGCCAACAAAAGGACGAACAUUUUAUUUUGUUUGUAAUGAUUGGUUAUCAAAAUAUAAAGGUGAUAGAAAAACAAAACGUAUUCUUAAAGUACAAGAUUUAAAUAAAACAUUAUAUCGUUCAUCAAUUCCAUAUGCAAUAACCAUAUAUACAGGACAUAUGGAAAAUGCUGGUUGUGAUUGUGAUAUUAGUUUAAGAUUAUUUGGUACAAAAUGUUCAUCAUCAGAAUAUCUUAUAAGAAAACAAAAAGGAUUUUUUGAAAGAUCAUCUAUUGAUGUAUUUCAUUAUGAAUUAGAAGAUGUUGGUAAACUAACAAAAUUAUGUGUAUCAAUUUUACCAAAAUCUAUACAAGAUCGAAAUCGUUGGUAUUUAGAAAAAAUUCAACUUAUUAAAUAUCCAAAACAAAAUUUAAAAGAAGAAACAUAUUUAUUUGUACUUGAUAAUUGGAUAGGAUAUGACACAGAUUAUUAUUCUGAUAUACCAGUAACAAAUACUAAUAGAAUAUCAACACCAUAUCGAACAACUUAUCGUAUUAUAACUAAAACAAGUGAUAUAGAUGAUGCAAAUUGUGAUUCAAAUGUAUUUAUUAUUAUUUCAGGUCAAAAUGGUGAUAGUCAACAAUUAGAAUUAAAAAAUUCUUCAACAUAUAAAAAUAAAUUUGAACGUAAUCAUGAAGAUAUAUUUACAUUUGAAAAUAUGUCAAAUUUAGGACAAUUAAAUAAAAUACGUAUAUGGCAUGAUGAUUCAUCUAUAUUAAAAAAUUCAUGGCAUUUAGAAUAUGUACAAAUUGAUGAUAUACAAACAGGACAAACAUAUAUAUUUCCAUGUAAUAAAUGGUUAUCAUCAAAAAAAGAUGAUCGACAAAUUGUACGAGAAUUAUUUUGUAAUAAUCAUUUAUAUCCUAAAAAUCAAUAUGAAUCAUUAACAUCAAGUCAACUAAUUCCAUAUGAAAUAUUAGUUAUUACUUCAGAUAAACCAAAUGCUGGAACAAUACAAAAUGGUUGGAUUAUUGUUGAAGGAAAUAAAAAUCGAUCAGAAAAACUUAUAAUGAAAAAUUCAGUAAAUAAAAGAAUUUUUCAACGUGGACAAACUAAUAUGUUUAUGUUAAAUUGUCAAUCUCUUGGUGAAUUACGUCGUAUUAUAUUAGGUCAUCAAGAACAAAAUGAAUAUUUACCUCAAACAUCUGAUAGUGAUGAAAAUAUGUGGCAUGUUUCACAUAUUAUUAUAACUGAUCUAUCAACAGGCAUUAAAUAUGACUUUCCAGUACAACAAUGGAUUAAUAUUAAUAAUAAUGGUGAUGUUUUUGAUUGUAUAAAUAGAAAAGAAUAUUCUAUUGAACAAGAAUAUCAUCGUCAUACAGUUAAGUAUAAAAUUAUUGUUUAUACAGGUUCUGUAUCAGAUGCUGGUAUAGAUAUUAAUGUAUCAAUUAUACUUUAUGGUACUCUUGGUAAUACGAGUAAAAUAUUAUUAAAACAAAAAACUAAAAAUUUAUAUGAACGUGAUGGAAUUGAUGAAUUUAUUAUUGAAUGUUUAGAAUUAGGUAAAUUAAUUAAAUUACAUAUUGAAAAUCCUAAUUCAAUAGUUUUAUCGGGAUUGCUUCUUGAUAAAAUUGAAGUUAUUAAUAUGGAUACAAAUGAAAAAGUAGUAUUUCCAUGUAAACAAUAUCUUGCAAGAGAACAUCAUAAUCAUGAAGUUCAACAAGAUUUAUUUCCAAUUUAUACAUGA